UGGUCCGUAGCACCUUGGUCCUUCCUGCUCUCACACCCGGCCGUCCCUGUGACCCGCUUGCUAUUCAGGACUUCUAGGCUAUUUCUCGAGGCCCGUCCCUCAAUCUGCUGUUAUCAUCAGCAAUUCCGUGAGUCUGGGUCUGCUUCUAUCCAGCGUCCAGUCCGGGAAAGGAGACGUACAAUACCGACAACAGACACCUCUGUCACUUUGGCUUGGUGCAAUCUACCUUGCGUAUUCAAACAUUGACCGUCCUCCAGUGACCAUCUUCCGUCACGCGUCUUCUGUCCAUCCCACUUCGUAGUUCGCAGCACACGCCUUCGACCCUUGGCUUGUACGUCAACCACCUAUCCACUGACAGACAGCAUCCGGACGGCCCACAUGACCGCGAGUUCGCGCCCGGUGGCGUCGCUGCCCCAGCUACGUGCGAUCACCGUGGAGAGCCUCGACCCCGCGGACGUGCCCCUCCUCCGAAUCAAGACCGACGAGGAUGUCCAGCUGUGGAAGUUCACGCGCGGGUAUCAGGACUAUGGCCUCUUCCUCCGCCGCCUCGCUGAGUCCGUCGUCGGGUUCAACCUCCCACAUCCUGCCCCGGAGCGUGACCAGCCCGUGUCUCGGGUGAUCAGUCUGCUAGACAAACUUGACGGUUGGAUAGAUGAGAUUCCCCCGCUGCCUACCCCACAGAGAUUUGGGAACCUCGCCUUCCGCACAUGGGGAAGGCGUUUGGAGGAGAAAUCCACCUCCCUCUUACGCGAACUGCUUCCGGAGAGUCGCUAUGCGGUAAUUCCGUUCAUGGAGCCCUAUUGGCUGACGUCGUUCGGGUCGUUCGUGCGCAUGGAUUACGGGACGGGUCACGAGACAUCCUUUGCGCUGUUCCUGCUCUGUCUGACACUCGUGCGCUUUCUCAAACCCGAGCCAGAGGUCGAGCGUCAAGUGGUAUUGCACGUCUUCGUGCGAUAUCUGCGACUAUGUUGGAGGCUGCAGGACGUUUACAAGCUCGAACCUGCAGGGAGCCACGGCGUUUGGGGCCUAGACGACUACCACUUCCUCAGCUAUAUUUUUGGCAGCGCACAGCUGAGAGACCAGAAAGAGAUACCCGUUUCCGCCGUGCUACACCCGCCCCUGCCUCCCACAAAUUUGUAUUUCAUGUCGAUCAUGCGGAUACACGAAGUCAAGUCCGGGCCGUUCCACGAACACUCCUCGCAGUUAUACUCGAUCGCCACCGGCGUCCAGUACUGGCACAAGGUGCACUCGGGGCUUUUCAAGAUGUACGAGGCGGAGGUGCUUGGGAAACGGGUCGUGGUCCAGCACAUACCCCUUGGCGGGCUCCUCGCGUGGGACGACCCCCACAUCGGUCCCCCUUCCCAAGCACGAACGCAGCCCCGUUCACUCAAGCCACGGCCGCGCCUUGGGCCUCCUCCACGACAGCCACGACCGCGCCUCCUCAGCCCGCCCCCGAUUGUGCCCGGACGAAUGCCGCUUGGACCCACCGCGAGCACAGCGUUGCGUGCGACGGUUACUCCGGGGGUGGCGCCAAGGACAAUGGCUCCGCCGCCGCCAUCCACUGCGAGUCAUCCUUCGAGUGGACAGGACUCGAACUCAUGA